AUGGCGAGCCGCAAAACGCACCAGCUGCCCCGACGUCCCGCCGCGAUAGCCCGGGAACGCUCGGACUCGGACCCGGACGAGCACUACGGUGGGCGCAAGCUUCGGCCUCCGCCUCUCAACAAGAAGCUCCCACAUAAACGAUUGCCAUCGCAAAGCCCUCCAGCCACCGAACAGGGCGAUGUCGAGAAUCACAAUGAUGAAGUAUCUUCUCGAUCCCGGUCCCCAUCGCCUGCACCGGCCAGAUACCGCCCCAUCGUCACGGUCGACUGGCGCAGCGAGCUCUGUCGCUUUCUUCAUCUGUCGAACCAAACCUCCGACCACGAGAUUUUCGACGCUCUCGAAGAAACGGAGGAGAAGCUGAGGGAUGCAGAAAGACUCAAGUACCAGUACACGGCCGACCCGGGCCCCCCACGAUCCCAGAUCAUGUACACCAUAAACUGUCGAGACGAUGAGAGAAGCAGGAUAUACCUAGACGAACCUUGGCCAGUCGAGAGUGGCCCUUAUCAUGCUCAUCUCAGAGGUAGCCGACCAAUUACCAACCUGGAGCUUUAUCUUGAGCGCAACAAGAAUAUCAGUUUUCUUGUGUUCCGAGAUUACGAAUGCUGUUAUCGCAAAACAAAAUGGCAAUUUACAAACGAAGCCGAGCAAUCAACUGCUGUAGAUCUUCAGCACUUUUUCAGCAGAGAGUACAUCGACCUCGUUUCACUCGAAUCGCAAACCGCGUUGACGGUAUUGUCAGAAACUGCACUGGAAGGGUUACCUCAUCCACCCUUUGACAGUGAGAAUAUUGGCAGUAUUGCUUAUCCGUACCUCUGGUGGUUCCAUCGUCGCAACAAGAUUGCCGCGGCGAAGGAGACAAUGGAUCUUGCCCUCCAGCAGCAUAUCGAUAUUGUUCAAGCAUAUAUGGAAGAUCGCUUACAACCAGAAUGGGAUACUGUUGACGAAUUCACUGAAAAGGGGAAGAUCACCGUGGACUUGUUAAGAUAUCUAUUCGUUAAGGGAGAAAACAUCUGCCAACUGAAUGGCUUGACGGCCAUAGGGUGGCUGCUAGUGGACAACGACACCACUGAUGAUGCUAGGUCUUUCAGGGCAUCGAUUCAAGUUGAAUUCUGGGAGUUUGACGGUUCUUUCCAUAACAAAACAACCAGGCAGGCACUGGAAUACGUGCCUGUUGAAUUACGGACCACGGAGUUCGACAUCGUAAACCUUCCGAUAUACCCGGCCCGCUUUGCUGAGAAAAGCAUCGUCGAAGGACUCCGAAGGCGUGGAGAGAUGUUUUGGGCAUGUCGCCAUCAGAAAUAUGUCUCCUACGUCAAGGAUACCCAUGACAUUGUACGAUCUGCGGUAUUUGUUGCCAUGGCUAUACCGCUACGUUACUGA